AUGAUCUGCGUUCUUUGGGCAAUACUGGCACUAUCAGCCUCCGUGUACCCUUUGCCGGCAGCUGUGGUGCCUGAUCCAAUCCCACGAGAUGAUGGACCGGAUGCGCAGAAUAACACCAAGCGAUGGUACAGCGUAAUGGACGAGGAGUGGCUUCGUAGCAGCCAUCACUGGCCUUCAAGGUUCAGCCCAUGGCCCAAACAAGAGUCCAAACCAGGAAGAAUGAGCGGUAAAAACUUGAUCAGAUACUGUUUCAAGGAUCCUGGGUCCGCGAAGCAUCUGACAAAGAUCGUUGCUCACGGCAUAGCAAACUGGUAUCCGGCCUUCCAGUACUCGAGCGCCUUGAUCGUCCCUGAUUUGGCCUGCAUGUACGACGAUGGGAAUUUCGAUCACGGUUGUGUCUGUGGACCGACUGGCAAGGGGGGUUCCACAGCGUCUGAUGCGUUGAUCAUUAGUGACGGUCGCGAUGAAAGUGAGGACACAAGAAAAUGGUCUCACGAGACCGGAGCCACCAUAGGUUACAAUCACCACUCGGAUACUCCUGGUCGACAUGAGCUGAACUUCGGCGCAUUCGACGAAGUCACAGGCGCGGAAGAAAUGGGAGUGCAAGAGUUCGCUCAUUUGGUUAGCACAAUGACUCAUGAACUCGGUCACGCCAUGGGUCUGCUCCACGAACAUCAACGGCCUGAUCGUGAUGACUACGUCACCUUUCAAUGCCAGUAUCUCAAAGGCUACGCAGAAGCAGAAGCAAAGGUAGUAGACUUCCGGUUCCAAGCAGACUGGGGUCAAAAUAUCCCGGUGAAGAGAAGGAUGGCGCGGGUAUGUUCAGACUUCGAUCUGGCCUCGAAGUACCUUCCCUCAGCUACCGACUAUAUUCUUGGCGACGAGCUGCCUGAAGGAGCCACUUUUGGAAAUUCAGCUCCUGACCAGGGCUUUGACUACGGCUCCAUCAUGAUAUAUGGAUCCCUGGUCGGAGGUAUUCAUAAAGACGAUGAUCCUCGCAUCAACAGUAUGGAAGUCCCUCUUCUGCGCAAGGUCCAACCCGAUGAAUUCCUUGGUAUUCCCAGGCCCGACGGGUUACCGAAUUGGUUCAUCCACCACCACGGAGCCCGACAAGGCAAUGCCAAGAUAUCCACCGAAGAUGUUAAGAGGAUCGCUGCUCCGUACCCAGGCAUAGACGAGCAAAAAAGCGAGAUCGAGAAAUUACUACCAUCAUUGACGUGGCGUUGGGUGCACGUUCAGCUACCUCUGAAUGGUCUAGACAGAUUGAAACUGUAUGAUGGAGACCUGUGGGCAGAUCGUGUGGAUGUAGUCGGGCCUGAUCUCCUCCCAAUUAUGUUCGAGCAACCAAAAGACAAAGGCAAAGGCAAGUCCAAGUGGAACGAGAAGUUGUUCUACCCUGGCGGGGAGCCCGAUCCAGGUCCUGAUGGUCUCAGGAGAAUAUUUGGAUACUAA